GUCCACAUGGACCCGGCGCUGGUCAAAUAUGCCAAUAUGUUUGUGGGAAGGCAUCAAUUUUUCCGCUGGACACCGCGCACCACGUGGUUGACUUUCACAUAUGUCAUCGCUGUGCCGGCGGCGUUUCUGUACAUGGGGUUCAAGACGGAGGGCAAGUGGGAUAUGCGAGGGAAGCUGAGGGGAGAUACCAUUGUGGAGUUCUGA